CAAAAUAAUCAAGCGAGUUUGGCUAUUCAGCCUAAUAAUCAACAAAUCCAAGACCUAAAAGCCGAACUAAACCAUUACCAAACUCUUUACCAAAAAAGGGUAGAAAAAGAUUUAGCAACCGACCAAUCAGAAAAAAUUAAGGAAUUGUCCGAAAUUUACCAACAAAAACUUAGUGAACUAGAAACUAAAUAUAGCCAACAAUUUCAAGAUUUAGCCGAUGGCUUGCGGGAAGAAAAAAUCACUCAUAAUAAUUUACUAAAUAGAUUGUCCGAACAAGAAGAUGAAUUUGAGGAGAACCGCAACCAAAUUAAAAUUUUGAUUCAAAAAAAUCAAGAUUUAACCGAAGAAUUAGAGGCUAAAAAGGAACUUUACCAAGAUGAAGUGAAUAAUUCGUUAGGUUUAUCAAAAAAAUUAGAGCAAAAGAAUAAGCAAAUUGAAAACCUAGAAAAGAAACGAGUUUACCAAAUCCCAAAGUUAGUUAUUCGAGGAAGAAAGAUUGAAGUGUUGAUUAUCGAUCCUCAUUUUGAGAAAAAGCAUCCUUAUAUGAGUGAUGAAAAAAUUUAUUAUUUGGUAAAAAAGUAUUUACCCUACAAUGAACCAAAAUCAGCUAAGAAAGAAGAGUUAAAAAAAGUUAGGAAGGAACUAUCUAAUCCUAGUUAUUCCCGAAUAAAUUUUGCCUUGGGAGAUAAUGCUACUCCCUUAGAAAAAAGCAAGUAUGAAAUCUGCCAAACUAUUGCUCGCUACAAAAGAGAAAAUGAUUUGUCAGAAAAAGAAAUUGGAAAAAUAUUAGGAAUUAAGCCAACCAAAAAAUUGGAAUGUCUUUUCUUUUGCCAUAUUAACGAGUUUAGUUUAGAUGAAUUAGUUGAAUAUGCUAGUGAAUUAUUCGCUCCUUUCCAUUUAGAGAUUACUCCGGAAAAGUCUUUGCUUUUUUCUCAUAAAACUUCCAAUGGAAUAGGUGAAAAAUUCACUAGUUUUAUUCCGGGUGUCGGUCCGAUUAUAAGCAACUCUAUUGGUAUGUUUAAGGAUUUACAAAACGGAAUGAAUAUAGAAGCUAAAUUUUCCGGUUUUUCUAAAAAUCUUGGUGAAUUAAGGGAUGGUUUAGACCAAGCCAAUGCCAAAAUCGAAUCCCAAGGCAAAGCCCUUCAAGGUCAAAUUGAAAAUGUCAAAUCCGAAUUAGAAGGAGCCCUCCAACAGCAAGGAGAAAAACACGAUAAAGAAAUUAAAGCCUUAGACAAACGCUUAGCCGAAGCCACGGGGGAAAAUAGAGAAGCGAUUAAGAAGGAAAUGGCCGAAAGAAAAGCCCAAUACCAGCAAAUUCAAAACCAAAUUCAAGAGGUUACAGAUAAUCUUACCAAAGCCCAAGCCGAACUAAAAAAAGAAUUAGCCGAAUUCAAGCAAGAACAAAAAGACCAAUUAAAAGACCAAUUUCAAACUAAACAACACCAAAUUCAAGUUCAAUUAAGCCAAGUUCAGCAGGAUUUAGAGAAUCAAGCCGAAGAGUUUAGUUCUCAAUUACAACUUAAAGAGGCUAAAUUGAAAUUAGAUUUAGAGCAAACCCAAGAAGAUUUUAAUACUCAGUCCCAAAUUUUACAAGCCCAAUUCCAGGAUAACCAAUCCCAAUUAGCCGAACAGGAAGAAGAUUUAGCCACUGUCAAAUACGAACAAAAAAAGCAAAAUAUUCUUCACCAAGAACUUGCCGAAGAAUUACAAGAGACCAAUGAUAUUUUAUUUACUCAGCAACGCAAAUUAGCCUUAGUCUCUUCGCAAAUGGAAGAUAUUCAGGAAGAGGUUCAUUUGCGAAUGGAUAAACUUUCUAAGGAAGUCAAUCGCAAAACCGAAGAAACUUUAACCAUUGCCAAGGAUGCCACUAAAAAGGUUGACCGGUUAACCAAAGAUGUUCAACAAAUGCGGGAUGACUUGGAAAACAUUGAAGAGCAAGUCCAAAAAAACAAAGAAGAAACCGAAAAAAUUAAACAGCAAGCCCGGCAAACUAACGAAAGAUUAGAUAAUCUCUUAAAACUACAAGCUCUUACUGAUUAUUCUUCCGAACAGACUAACUUAGACAAAAUUAAAAAGUCCUUAGAAUUAAAAGCCGAAGAGACUAAAUUAUUAGCCACUUUAACUCUGCUUAAACAAACAAAAAAUCUGAUUCAUUGUCAAGUCCGAGAUAAAGAAUGCAAAGAUGCCGAGCGAGAAGAAACUCAACAGGAGCAGGUUAAAUCAGAAAAACAAGAAGGAGAGGAAAUUCCAGUUUCCGAACAAGCUCAGCAAGCCUUAGAAGAGGUGAAUAAAGUGCAAAGUAAAAUUUUACAGCAAUUAUCGGCAAUUCAGGAAGAAAUUAAAACUAAUCUUCAAGAGGUAGAAUCGGCUCCACCGCCUUCGGCUCCGGCACCCAAACCCUCCGCUACUACUGCCCUCCAAGUAAUCCAAGCUGAAAGCAAAAUUAAAAUCAAACAAAAGGCUCUCCAAAGGCAAAAAGAGGAAGAGCGAAAAGCCAAAAAUAAAUUAAAACAUGCCGAGCAUAAGGCUCAGCAAAAUCCUACUCCCGCUAACAAAAAAACCGAACAAUUAGCCCAGCAAUCAGUUCAAACUGAAACUAAGGAAACUAAGCAAGCGGAAAAAGAACUGACCCAAGCCCAAGAGGAAUUAUCUAGUUUAAAAAAUAAGCAAGAAUUUGAAGAGCUUUUAGAAAGUAAAGAAGAAGCGUUGGAAGAAAGGGAAGAAAUUCAAGCCUUAUCGGUUCAAGUUCUCCAAGAAAAUAAAGACCGAGAAGAACCCCGAGAAUUAGAUUUAGAAAAAAAAUUGGAAGAAAUCGCUCAACAACUCCAACAGCAAGAAGUCGCCCAAGCCGCUUCCCAAAAAUCAAUGACUAGGUUCAUGCUCUUUUUGGUUAUUUUCCUAAUAGAGUAUGUGGUUUACAAGAAAAAUGACCAAAUUAUGGAAUAUGCCGAUUUGUUCGGACAUUAUCUUUUAAUUAUUGGCUAUGUGAUGGGGAAUGUUCUGGCUUAUAACAGCGUUGACAACCCCGAUUAUAAAAUGCCUAUGGUUUAUGGGUUUAAUGCGGUAGUUGGCGGAAAACAAUUAGCUCAAAAGGCUUAUCAACAACAGAUAGACCAAUUACGCCAAAAAUAUCAACAAUCUCCACCAAACAAUUGGAGCGAAAAAGUAAAAAACGCAGUGAGUCAGAACGAAUAUAAUAUUUACUCCGAUGCUUCUUUACAAGUAAAAACCCAAGAAUUAGUCAAGUUUCAAGAAUUUAUUUUACAAAGAGAAGCCGCCACCAAAAAAGAAACUCAAAUCACCCAGCAAGCCCAAACUCUCCAAAAAGCGGCCGAAUUAGAACAGCAACUAAAAAGCAAUUUAGAGCAAGCCGAAGAAAAUUUGGAAGAUGAUACUCAACACGAACAAACUAAACCUUUAAUCAAUCGCUUAAAUAAACUCCCCCUUCCUUCUCCGGAAGAGCAAAACUUAUUAGCUCACUUAAAUCUUAGUUUAGACCAAUAUAUCACUAUUUCUUUAAAAACUCCUUAUUUAAGUCCCGCCGAACAGGAAUUAAUAACUGAUAACUAUCUAGACUUAAAUAAUCAAACUAAAUUCAAAUUACUUAAUGCCGGACUUAAUAAUUUAGGCAUUGAGACUUUGGAAAAAAAAGAAAGAUUAGUUCAAAUAAACCAAACUCUUUACCAAGAAAAACAAUUAUUCGGUCUCUCUACCAAAGAAAAAGAAAAUAUUUUAAGAUUCUUAACUAAUACUCUCAAUCUAACUCCCGAGCAAAGAGAUUAUUUAGAAGGAAUGGGAAUUAGUUUCUUUAAUGCUAGCGAAUGGGAAAUUACUGCCGAGCAAAGAGAACAUUUAUUAGAUUUUGGUCUCACCAAAUUAAAACUAACCGAAGAGCAACAGCAGCAAGUAAUUGAGAUGCAUCCCGACCGGUUUGGUUAUUCUCAAUCCCAAGACCAAAAAAUCGCCCAAACUGAAAAAUAUAAGGACUUCAAGGCUUUUUCUUUAACCGCUCAGCAAAAGAAUACCUUGAAUAGUUUAGCCCCUUUAAUUAAAAAAGAUAAGUAUUCCGAAGCCAGUUUGGACUUAUUUUUUCAAGAAUGCCGAAUAGAGGAAGCAAGUGGAACUAAAAUCAGAACUAAGCCUUGGUUUAAAGGCUCUACGGUAAAUUUCUUAGUCCAAGCCGAAAUAAUUCCUGACCUUCAUACUGCUUUUGGGGAAAAUAAGAGUAGUUAUUUACCUUUAAAGCAAAAAGACACAGCCCACUUAACUCCGGAAGAAGUAUUAAAUAUCAAUUCCGAAGAAUUAAGAGGGCAGUUUGCCGAGGAAAAGAAAAAUAAACUGGAACCUAAAACUACUUCCCGCUAUGAAAAUCUCUUGGCUAACCUAAACCAAGAAGAAGCUACCCGCCAGCAAAAGAAAUUAGAAAGGGAAGCAGCUAAGAAAAACUUAGAAGAAACUGAACGAAAAAGAAGAGAAAAAGCCUUAACUGACAAGGAUAGAAAAUUAAAAGAAGAGGAAGAGCGGAAGAAAAAGGAGCGGGAAUUAGAAACCCAAGAAAGAACCCGUGCCGAACAAGCCCGCCAAGCUGCCGAAGCCGAAUUGAAGCAAAAGCAAGAAGAAUUCCUAAAUACCCAGCAAAAGAACUUUGCCGAAAAACAAAAAUCUCGCCAAGAAGCCUUCGAUUAUCAGAAAAAGCAAAUGGAAAUCGAAGAAGCCAAAAAAAGAGCGGACAUUGAAGCCCUCGAAAAACAGAAUAAACUUAAUCAGGAAAAACUGGAAAAAGAAAAAGAAUUAUUAGAGGUCGAAACCCAAAAAAAAUUAGAACAGAUUGCCAAUGAUGACUUAGCCGCUCGGCAAGCCAUUUUAAAACAGCAAGCCGAAAACCGAACUAGAUUAGAAAGGACUAUGCGGGAAAAUGAAGCUGAAUUAGAGCGACAAAAGCAAAAAAAAGAGGAUGAAUUGGCGGUGCUGAAAGAAAAAAAUCAGCAAGAACUAAAACAAGCCCAAGCCGAGUUAGAAGCCAAAAAGAAAAAAGAUGAGGAAGAGUUGGAAAAUAUGUUAAAUCAAGGCAAAUUAGAAAAGGAUAAAGCCGACCAAGAAAUCAAGAAAAUCAAAAGGCAAAAAGAAAUUGAAGAUAUUCUCGCCCAAGAAUCCCAAGAAAAAGCCAAACAACGUGAAGAAGCCGCCCGAGCCCUUAAAAAAGGACAAAAUGCGGUCGAUAAACAUCGCGAAUUCUUGUGA